CACACAAGCACACGCGCACACACAAGCACACAUGCACCUGACAUACACACAUAGAUACACGCACACAUGCACCUGACAUACACACAUAGACACGCACACACAUACACACACCUACCUUACCACCAGUCCCUUUGUGGCGUCAAAGGUGAAGCACCUCCCUUCUCCCAUCCCUCUGUACUGAAAGUUCCUGUCAGUUUUCUUCGGAGGGUUGACCGUUGGACUUGGGCAUGGUGUGGCUUCCCUGUUUUGGCUGCGUGUCGAUCAGUGAAUCCCUGCAUUCUAUCAUUCUCGCUUUUUUUUCUUUUCUUUGCCUCCCCCUCUCCCUCUGCAUCCCCCCGGCUUCUCUCCCAAGCUGACUGGCUCUUCCUAUUAACCGCCCUCCGAAUUAACCUUCCUCGACCCGCCUGCUCGCCUUCUUAAUCCAAAGAGUUUUUGCCUUGACGCUCUGCUGUCUAAAGACGAAGGACGGCCCAUAUCGUGCGCUGUGGUGGGGGUGGGGGCGCAGUCGAAGUUGCGUGGUGGAGGGCGUUCAGCGACGGAGGCUUCCACUGAACGCUAACUCUGGAGCGUCCGGGGCUUAGCGACCCACCUGACCUGGCCUCGGCACCCACCACAGCGACGACAUCGCUCAUGUCCCAUGGUGCAGCUGGGCUUUGUUUACGAUCGUAUCCAGUUUCCGUUGAAAAAUCUGACCUCUGUGUAUCUGAUAUACGUGGUCGUCUGUUCACGCGUAACACGUUAUCUUCUGCCGAAAUUGCUGUUUUCCUAGUUGUGGCGCUCAGUAUUCUAUCCAGCCUGAUGACCGGCUCUGCGUCAGGGUGCGUCUCGACUCUUAUUAUGGGAUGCUACGUGUCAGUAGAAAGUCGGUAAUAGAAGAUGUAAUGUGGAAGCGUUUACCUCCAGAUCCUGUUCCAGUGGAAUCCGGCCCAGACAAUCUCAUCAUGUGAUUUAGAUUUGGCCCGUUCCAAUCAACAAUCUAGUAUCCUGCGUUCCGACCACAAUCAUCAAAUGCUACGAGUGUCAGAUUUGUCAAGAAAUUGGAUACGCGUCGCAUGAUAAACAAAAGUGUAGACGGGGUCAUGAACGAAUGUGGGCCCUGUGUCUUUAGAAGUGUGACUGUGGAAAUGGGAAAACUGUUGGAUUAUUUAUAGGAAGGAUGCGUUUCCUCGACCACGGCUCGAGAGAGCUUAUUUAAGAUGGCAGCAUCGGAUCCUCACAAAAUCCUCACCUCAAGGCAAUGUCAUUCAAGGCCUCCGGGUAAAAAAAAUGUCAAUAUUAAAUAGGCCCUACCCACAUUAAGUGAGAAGCAUUAGAUCCCUAUCAGAUUCUCACUUACACUUUCAUCUGGUUUAUGAAUGGAAGUAGAAGAAAAAAAAAAGUGAGCUACAGCUUCUUCAUAAAUUAUGUAAUUUGUGAACUCUGAAUGACUAGCGUGAAGAUGGGUUUGAUGUACUUUAGAAAGGUCUGCUGCAAAUUCUCAAGACGGUACAAUUUGUCACAUGGAGGUUUCAUUGACCGCAAGGAUGAAACUAACCCAGUCCCACUAACGGCCGCCAUGUAAACAGCUCCAUGCCCGUUAUCCUUGAGGUCACUGCAACCGCUCCUUGGAAAAGGUGACCAUUGGCUGGAUUUUACUGGAUCCCUCAGCUUGCCAUCUUAAGAGUCCCAGUUUCUGUUCUUUCAGUGAAAGGUAUGACACAUUUCAUACAUGUGGUUGUUGUCAUAACCUCAUAUUUUAUUUGAGGCUGGUUGAUUGUUCUGGGUUACUUGGGAGCAGGAUAUUAACCUGUGUGGACAUGGCAACUGCACUGAGGACCAAUUUCCCCUAACAAAAAAAAAACAGACUCCAAACUCAUAAAUGAGACCUUGUAGACUUUGGAAAGUCAUGAAUUCUCAUACUUCAUACUGAUUGACAGGUUCUUACAAUUGUGAGACUCACAAAGGAUGCAAGUCCUACAUUGUUACCACCAGGGGGCACCACUGUUCUUCACUUUGAUCGCCACUCCCGCCGCCAUUUUUGCACAUAUUCCCUCCCGGGCUGGAAACCAUGCUGUAGAUGGCCUAGAUGCUAGAUCAUUACGCUGUAGAGCUAAUGAGCACAAGCCGCAGUGCUGCCCCCUAGUGGCCGCAUUCCGGUCUCCGCGGCAUUGGCCGUCUCUGUGCUCGCAUGCCCUUGCACAAUCGAGGAAGGUCCGGUGCACUGGUGUGGCGAGCGCAUUCUGUUCUAGUUCCCCUAGUUACCGACACAGGCCUCUGACAGUCAAGACAGCAAACAUCCAUCAGGAUUCAAAGCCCCCAAUGCCAUGCAGUUCGGCUGAACUGCUUUGUUAUUACCUGGGCCCUAUUUUACGUAAGGUAGGACAUCAUCCAAUGCUUACUAUAUAUGUUGCUUCCAGGACUAUUAAGGAAACAUGUAAUGCUCAAAGCAGAUGAGAACACUGUGCUGGCCCCUAUGGUAUGCAUUCCAAUCUUCAAUAUAUACCAUAAGUUGCCAGUGCACUCUAGUAUGUAACCAGACUCCACCUUCCUCUCCCAGCUAACCCCACACCACAGGCCAGCCUGCCUACCUGAUAUCCUCUGGCUCCACCUUCCUCUGAACUGGAAAACUGCAGCUCAAUCAGCACCUGCCCCUCCCCUCUCUGCCUGGCUGUGUGGCUUACAACAGGGCUGUUCUACCAUGCUGAUUGGCUGAUUGCCCUGUCACUCUCCACCUUUCUCUCCAUUUCCCCUCCUCCCUCUGUCUCUCCUCAGUGGGGCAGUGUCUGCUCAAAAUGGGGCGUCGGCUGGGGAUGGGGGUGGGGCAGGGGGCGGGGCCGAGGGCGGAGCCGAGGGCGGGGUAGGGCCCUAUCAAAGCGACGGCGCGACCAACGUAGUAACGGGGAGCAGCAGGGCGGGAAGAUGGCAAACGGUCCAGAGCCACGUGCAGUCCGGAAGCCUGAAGCACAGCAAUUUUGGGGACCCCUCCCUGUCCUCCGCCUCCACCUCGGAGCACCUCCCCUCCUCUGGGCCCCCCAGGCCUCGAACCCUGCUCCGGCAGCAGAGCCUGCAGCAGCCCCUCUCCCACACGACGCCACCCCCCACCUCCCAGAGCCUGGGCCAGCUGCACCAGGGCCCCGCCUCCAGGGGAGCCCCCAGGGGGGUGCGGGGGGCCGGCCGGGGCGCCAGAGGUGGACACUUGCACACAGACCCUGGCAGCUGGGACCACAUGAUGGGUCAGAUCCGAAACCGUGGCCUCGACGUCAAAUCCUUCCUCGAGGGGAAGAUGGUGGUCCUGUCUCUGGCGAUCGGGCUGGCUGAGCAGGACGACUUCGCUGACCUCCCCGACCUGCAGGAGGUGCCAGAGAGCCAAGACACCUCCCCUGAUAACAGGGCCGGGGGUAAUAAACCGGGGAACAGUCCCAAGGGCCAUCCGCCUGAUGCUGACGGGCACUCCUCCGUAUCCGACCUGGCGAACUCGCUCACCAGUGAGAUGGUUAUGCUGUCUCCAGGCUCUGAUGACGACGACCAGGAAGGCCCCAUCAGUGAGAAGUUGGGCCGCAUCCAGUUUAGCGUGGGCUACAACUUCCAUGAGUCCACCCUCACCGUGAAGAUCCUGAAGGGCCAGGACCUCCCCGCCAAAGACUUCUCUGGAACCUCCGACCCCUUUGUCAAGAUCUACCUGCUGCCAGACAAGAAGCACAAGUUGGAGACUAAAGUAAAGAGGAAGAACCUCAACCCGCACUGGAACGAGACGUUCCUGUUCGAAGGAUUCCCAUAUGAGAAGGUGGUUCAGCGCACGCUGUACCUGCAGGUUCUGGAUUACGACCGCUUCAGCCGUAACGACCCCAUCGGGGAGGUCUCCAUCCCGCUCAAUAAGGUGGACCUGGCGCACAUGCAGCCCUUCUGGAAGGAUCUCAAGCCCUGCAGCGAUGGCAGUGGGCGGCGUGGGGACCUGCUGGUGUCCCUCUGCUACAACCCUUCAGCCAACACCAUCACUGUGAACAUCAUCAAAGCACGCAACCUUAAAGCCAUGGACAUCGGCGGAACGUCAGACCCGUACGUGAAGCUGUGGCUGAUGCACAAAGACAAGCGGAUAGAGAAGAAGAAGACGGUGACGAUGAAGCGCUGCCUCAACCCCGUCUUCAACGAGUCCUUCCCCUUCGACGUCCCCGCCCACGUGCUGCGGGAGACCACCAUCAUCAUCACCGUCAUGGACAAGGACAGGCUGAGCCGCAACGACGUCAUCGGCAAGAUAUAUCUUUCCUGGAAGAGUGGUCCAGCAGAAGUGAAGCACUGGAAGGAUAUGAUAGGCCGCCCUCGCACCGCAGUGGCCCAGUGGCACGCCCUGAAAGCCUAAUAGCCCCACCAACCUGCCCCCAACGGCCCCUCCCCCCAUCCCUCUACACCGCCUCUCCCCCACCUCCUGGCACUCCCCAUCCCCUCGACACUGAUCCACCCCCCCCCCCACCUCCCGGCACCCCCCUUAUGCACAAGACUGCCCUGCUGCCAGGCUGUGAAACACGGGUACAAUUAGCCAUUCACAGGGUUCUCUGUCUCUCAGUCCUCCUUCCUUAUUUUGCCCCUCUUUCUGUCUGCUUCUGCUUUCUGGGUCACCACCACUUCCCCUGUUCUUGUCUGCCUGCUCCUGCCUGCCAUGUUUUCUCCUUCUGGGGACCUGCCACAGUCUCACCCUGUGGGAACCGGCCAUGUUUUCUCCUUCUGGGGACCUGCCACAGUCUCUCCUUGUGGGGACCUGACAUGGCCUCUCCUUGUGGGGACCUGACAUGGCCUCUCCUUGUGGGGACCUGCCACAGUCUCUCCUUGUGGGGACCUGCCACGGUCUCUCCUAGUGGGGACCUGCCAUGUCCUCUCCUUGUUGGGACCUUCCACGGUCUCUCCUUGUGCAGACCUGCCACAGUCUCUCCUAGUGGGGACCUGCCAUGGCCUCUCAUUGUUGGGACCUGCCAUGUUCUCCCUCGCAGCCUUCCCCUGGUCCUGGGGGGCCCUGCCACAGUCGGUUCUGCCACGGGCCAUGCAGUAUUGACAGUCACUCCCUUCCCUCACCCAGACAUCCCGUCAGGCCAGAGAGAACCCCACAGCACAUUGACCUAGUCCUACUUAAUCUUAAAAUAAACAGGCAUGUCCCAUAGGAUGCUUUUUUAAAGGGGGUACGAGUGCUAAGGCCUUGGUUACCCUCAGCUUCGGGUGUGUUUAUGCGCGCCCUGGUCAGGUGUGUUGUGUCUCAAUCUGGGGUUUCUUCCCUGAACCCCCUCCCCCCACCCGACAUCAUCUCUCCUCCUCCCCUCCUUUAUUUUUGGAGUCCCCCUGCCUGCUAGGCCCACCUCAUGGCUUUUCUCCCUCUCCACCCUGCGCUCUCUUUCUCUCUGGCUCCACAUUCAGACAGAAUGUUCUGGAAACGCCCAGCGCCAGUGGUGACCGACCUGGAGAUGAAAACAAUCGUAAACUGGGACUCAUUUUCUGGACUAAGAUCUGACGCUUUCACCCCUCUUUUUUUGGUUGUCCCUCUGUGUCUGGCACAACAGUAGUGAAUUCUCCCCCUGGUCAGUAUCCCUCUCUUGUUGUUUGUGUGUGUUCUGUGGGUGCUGUGCUGUAACUCCAACCAAGUAGUGUUUUAAAAAGAAAAAAUAAGAAAAAA